AGGAGGCGGAGGCGGCUGCCGUUGCCGCCACUCGGGCCAGAGCCGGGGGGCCGGGCGGGGCCGGGUCAUGGGCAGCGGGCGGGAGACCAUGAGCGGCUUCCCUCGGCAAGGAGCGCUUCCGGGGUUAAGUCACCCGGAAGCGGAAGAGAAGGGCUGCUUGCUGUCCGCCUGGCUGUCCGGGGGAGCGGCGGUGGCGGUCGCGGCGGGCGGCGGAAGCGGCGGCGGAAGUGGCGGCGGCGGGGCUUCCGGGGCGGCCCCCUCUCACCUGGACUCCACGUCGGCGCGGCCGCUCUUCCCGGCCUCGGCCCGGGCCGGAAGGAGAGCCAGGGGCCGCGGGAGGGCUAGAAUGGAAGAAUCCCACUUCAAUUCCUCCCCAUACUUCUGGCCAGGAGUGCCCACUGUCUCUGGGCAGAUUGACAACAGUAUGUUCAUUAACAAGAUGAAGGAGCAACUAUUGCCUUCAGAAAAGGGCUGUGGCCUCGCACCUCCCCACUAUCCAACCUUACUGACUGUACCAACUUCUGUGGCCCUUCCUACCAACAUUUCCAUGGAGUCUGAUACCAAGCCAGAACAGCUUACCCCACACAGCCAAGCUUCUGUGACACAGAACAUCACUGUGGUGCCUGUGCAAUCUGCUGGACUCAUGACAACUGGGCCUGGUCUUGUGAUCACUUCUCCCUCUGGGUCUCUGAUGACUACAGCCUCUUCUGUGCAAACCUUUCCCAUCUCAGCACCCAUGAUCGUCUCAGCGCUUCCCCCUGGUUCCCAGGCAGCUCUUCAAGUAGUACCUGACCUUUCCAAGAAGGGAACUAUUGCCCUUUCAGAAGGUGGGAUAGUGACUGGUAUUGGAGGUAUCCCUCCCAAAGCUCCUCGAGGUCGGAAAAAGAAGCGGCUACAGGAAUCUGGCCUGCCAGAAAUAACCGAUCCCUUCGUGUUGCCAAAUGAUGAUGAUGAAGACCAGCACAAGGAUGGCAAGACAUACAGAUGCCGGAUGUGUUCCUUGACAUUUUACUCGAAGUCGGAGAUGCAGAUCCACUCAAAAUCCCACACUGAGGCAAAGCCACACAAGUGCCCUCACUGCUCCAAGAGCUUCGCCAACAGCUCCUAUCUGGCCCAGCACAUACGUAUCCAUUCGGGAGCCAAGCCGUACACCUGCAGCUAUUGCCAGAAGGCCUUCCGCCAGCUCUCCCAUCUACAGCAGCACACACGGAUCCACUCCAAGCUCCACACGGCGAUUGUCAAGCCGCACAAGUGCCCUCACUGCUCCAAGAGCUUCGCCAACACGUCCUACCUGGCCCAGCACCUCCGCAUCCAUUCGGGGGUCAAACCCUACACGUGCCGUUACUGCCAGAAGGCGUUCCGCCAGCUCUCCCACCUCCAGCAGCACACACGGAUCCAUACUGGAGACCGGCCCUACAAAUGUGCACACCCUGGGUGUGAGAAAGCUUUCACACAGCUGUCCAACCUGCAGUCCCACAGACGGCAGCACAAUAAAGACAAACCGUUCAAGUGCCACAAUUGCCACCGUGCAUACACAGAUUCCACCUCAUUGGAGGUUCAUUUGGCUACCCACACGGUGAAGCAUGCCAAGAUCUACAACUGCUCCAUGUGUAAUCGGGCCUACACUUCGGAGACAUACUUAAUGAAACAUAUGCGGAAACACAACAUCCCUGAUCCACAGCAGCAGGUGGCUGUUGUCCAAGCCCAGGUGCAGGCCCAAGUGCAGGCCCAGGUCCAGGCUCAAGUCCAGGCCCAAACGCAGGCAUCGCAGCAGCAGCAACAACAACAGCAACAGCAGCAGCAGCAACAGCAACAGCAACAGCAGCAGCACUUCCAGUCACAGGGUGGUGGGGCAGCAGGGGGUCCAUCGGGCGACAACCCUUCCAACCCCCCGCCUCAGUGUUCCUUUGACCUUACCCCAUACAAGACUUCGGAGCAUCACAAAGACAUCUGUCUCACGGUUAGCACCAGCACCAUCCAAGUGGAGCAUCUUUCCAGCUCCUAGAGACCUUGGCGGAGGGAAGUGGAAAACUUCUUGCACGUAGUCCAUGCCCAAGGGUAUAGCUUGUGUGAUGGCCUCUCCUCAUGCAACCAUUUCUGGCCUCUUCUACAGCUUCCCUUUUAGGGAGGGGAAUGGGGGGGUUGGUUAUAUAUUAACUUGUAGCCAAUUGGCUUCACCAUUAGUGCCUCAAAAUGGCACGACAUCAUGUCCUCAGAUUGGGAAGGAAGAGAACCCCAUUCUUGUGAGAGCAGUCCUUCCCGUUGGCAAACAUGUUUGGCUUAGAAGGGGGAAGCCUCCCCCCCCCCCAUUACCAUCUCAUUUUAGAAGUUGAAAAGAGCACCUUCUGGCACCUGGGAAGCUAGGAGUUGGAAGAGGAUUUGGCCUUGACUGAUUCCUGGUCAGUGAAGGCACCCAGUAGGGGAUAUGUAUAGUGGAAAACAUUUGCUCUUCUCAUCCCUUAAUUCCCAUGUGUGGGGGAGGAAGAAUGAAUUUCUUCAGUCCUAAGCAUGAAAUAUUACACCUCAUGCUGUACCAUAACAUGGGUGGUGUUGCUGUCUAAUCAAAUGCUUUAGAUGGCAGGGGGUGGGAUGGGAUGGGAUGGGGUGGGGUGGGGAAGCACUCUUUUCCCAGCCAACUACAAGAGGAAUUAGCAAGUGGGGGUGGGCUAGGUUGCAGCUGACGCCAUUUUGUGGCUUAAGCAUCAUCAGAAUGAGAAGCCUGCUGCAGGCAUAGAAAUACAAAUCUGAACCAAAAAAGCAGCCAGGGCAAGAGUGCCAAAAUGAACAUGCUUCCCUCCCUCAGAAAGGAGGAGAAGAAGUGGUCCCUGUAUGUCCCCACCCCCAGUGCCGCGGCUGCAACCCACCCCCACCCCCCAAAGGAGACCUUUUUUUGAGGGGCCAGUGGGAAAGGGAACUGUUGAUCUGCUCCUCUCUAUCCAUCAUCCAGAUGCUUCCUUCACUCUCCUUAUUGCCAAGGCAGACUGGAAUGAGGUGGCUGUGGUGGUGACACUUGGAGAGCACGAAUCAGAGGAAUCUUCCAGAGGGUGGACAGUGGAGAAGAGGAGAUGGUGCAAAGCCCGCCCCUGCACGGAGAGACCAAUGAGAAGGGGGGGAACACCCCAAGAACAGACUCAAGACCCCUCCUUGAAUUUAUAUAUAAAUAUAUAUAAAUAUAUAUACAGAUAGAUAGAUAUAUCUAUUCACAUCCCAACCCCAUCCAGCCUGCUCUGUCCUUGCUGUAACUUGUUUCUAUCUGUGUUUAUAAAAAUGCAUUAUCUUUGCGCACUUUUUUUAAAUUUUUCCCUCCUUGAUUUGCCCCCUCCUUCUCCCUCCCACUUGCUCUCUUCAUCUUCAGGUUGUUUCGCCCCUUCUCUCCUGAAUCUUGUGGUUCCCUAUGCCAUCAUUUCAAUGUUCUGAUUAUCACUUCAGUCACCAGGGCAGACGAGAAGCCACAGAAAAAGUAACCAGGGAAAAGAUGCCUAGUACUGUGGGUUAGCAGUUGGAAGGACUGUGGUGUUUUAAAAUACUGGUGCAUAAAAAUAAAUGGGUUGAGAUGUUUUUCUAUGUGAAUGAAGGUCCUGGCAAUUGGUGGCCCUGUGCCCAAGGCAAGAAUGUGAGCAAUGUCCUUUUGCCAUCUAUGAGAGAGCAUUGUGGACACCCCACCCCCUCUUCUAUGCAACACACUCCACUUCCUCGAGUGUAGACACAGCAGCUGUGUGGUGAAGAAAAAACUCAGAAGUGUCCCGAUCAUUCUGCGUACUUGGGAUGGACCAGAGCUGAUGAACAUUUCCUUCCUCUCUCCUCCAUGCUCCCCUCCUCAGACCGCACACAGACCCAGUGGAGAUGAAAGGAUGAAUUGACAUUUCAAGAUCGUGGUUUAGGUGCAGGGACGAUGUUGAACUUGAGUAUGCGUGUGCCUUGUUUCUGUGUCUGGCAUGGGUAUGACUUCUGUGUGUGCAUGUGUCCCUGUGCUUCCUAUGUGCACGCUACUUUGGCAGAAUUCUGUGCUCUUCCCCUUUAGGGUGGGAAUUAUUUGGUCCCAGUUGUACAAUGUCUGUGGUUAUUGUGGCAAGCAUCGUUGGAGCUACAGGGGUUGACGUUGCCCUUUUCUAUGCACAAAGGUUGAGUUGGAGGAGCACUGGAGAACGGUGUACCAGGUUCCUUGGGCUAGCCACAAUCAUGAGAGAUCGCUGAAGUUAUCUAUGCUAACGUCCAUUCGAUGUAUUGGCACAAAGGGUUGCAUUUCCAGCUCCUCCUAUAUCUGUACAAUUAGCAAUAUUUCUUCAUGACCAUCAGAAACAUCAUUGGUGGGGUUUUGGUUAGGUUUUGGGGGUUUUUGCCAGAAUCAUUAGCGAAGGUCUUUCCCUGAUGUAAGACUGUGCACAAAUGAAAAUUGUUUAAAGACUCUGAAGUAUGCUGACGCCUGUGCUAUAUGUAUCCAUGCCCUUUUCCUGGUUGUUACCAUUGCUAUUAUCCCAGGGAAAACGCUGUUCAGAUUUCUGGGAUCACAACAAUGCAGUAGAAAAGUAUGCCUGCCUCAUGGCUUUCUGGUAGUGUCAGAUUUCUGCAAAAUUGUUUUCUGUGCUGCUUGCACUCUUGGGAAGUAAUAAAAAUGUGCACUGUUACUUGGGUUGGACACAAAAGAGGCAGCGAGUUUGAGAAGGCCAGCUUUGAGCCCUUACGGAUCUUAUUAAAACGGAGAGCUUGCUGCUUCUAUUCCCAAGAUGAAAUGUAAACAACUGUCAUCUUAAGCUUGUUCUCGGUGCUCAGGCUGUGAAGAGCCAACUGUCGUGAUUGAGGUUAAAGCACAGCAAGGCUUGUAGCCCUGAAUCUAGGUAUAGGCAAACUUUGGCCCUCCAGGUGUUUUGGACUUCAACUCCCACAAUUCCUAACAGCCUACCGGCUGUUAGGAAUUGUGGGAGUUGAAGUCCAAAACACCUGGAGGGCCAAAGUUUGCCCAUGCACGCCUUAAUCUAAUGAGGGUCGGAAUCCUUAAAUCUAGUGUGGGCCACUGAGGUUGAGAGCUGUGGCCUUGUGCUUCUCAAUGGCUUUUGAGGGAGUUUACAACAUCCUCCUGCUAGCACCUGGAGUGAAAAGGUUGAAGCAAUGUAGACUAUUGAUUAUUGGAUGGGGAAAAAAACUCGCCCAUAUGGGAAGAAUUUUCUCUUUUGUCAGUUCCCCUUUUUUGCCCUUCCUUGCCUUACCUGAUGUUUUGCCGGUCGCCAUCCCUACCUCUUUGCUAUCCAAAUAGGAGGAGAGCUUGGCAAAGAAUAAAUUGUGGGAACUGCUUUAAGAGAAGAUAAGUUUCUUUAUGCUCAGUCAAAAGCCACCUCCACAGAUCAAAUGUUAAAAGGUAGCCAAUAAAAACACACCAAGUUAAGAAAUGCCAAAUGUUUUGAAGGCAAGGUUUGUGCUGUUUUGCAUCAGGGAAGAGGAGAAUACCAGUGGAAUUUGGGUCAGUGAAUGUUCAGGAGACUAUUUCCUGUUUGCUCAUACCUUUUGGAAUUCCCACAUCAGUUCAGGGUGGGUAACUUUCAACUACUCUUCAGAGCCUCUCAUGUUGCAUUUCCCAGAGGGAGAGGGGUGUUUGAAAUUUCCAACCUUAAUAUUGCAUUAGAACUUUUUUGUAUUUAAUUUCAUUACUUUUUAUAAAAAAAAUAAAUUCCAAAAGCCCUCUUAACCUUCA